AUGGCACGGUCACUCAUCACCGCCGAUGCCAACGCUCGACCCAAGCACUUCCGCAACUUCUUUGAAGAAUUUGUUUUCGUGUUUACUGUUAUGAUGGCCACUGCUUGCACAACCUUCAUACAAGGCGUCAUCAACAUAAACACCGUAACCAUAGGCCGAGACCUCAUCAUGACCCCGGCACAAAUAACCUGGAUAGCCGCCGCCAUCGGACUCGCCAACGGCUCCUUCAUGCUUUUCUUCGGCAAAACAGCCGACUUCUUCGGCCGAAAAAUCCAAAUCGUAUUCGGCCUCGCCUUCCUUAGCCUGAGCUCCCUCCUCACAGCCUUCGCCCCCACACCAACGAUAUUCAACAUCCUCUGCGGCUUCCUCGGUCUCGGAACAGCUGUCGUAGCACCUCCUGCCAUCGGCCUCCUUUUCGCCACCUAUCCCGAAGGAAAGCGUCGACAUCGAGUAACAGGUGCUCUGGGAGCCGGAAACCCGAUCGGCUUCCUGCUGGGUAGUAUAUCGUCUGGGACAGCCACCAAUCAAGCAUCAGAACUGGGCUGGAAGUCCCCGAAAACAAUUUCGUUCCUCCUCCUGGGCAUCCUUCUCCUCCUUCUCUUUGCUUUCUGGCAAACAAUCCACCCAUACCCACUCCUCUCUCCAUCCAUCUGGAAGAACACCAAUUUCACCCUCUGCAUCGUCUCCGUAGGUCUUGGCUACAUGGCCUUCAUUACCAAUUCCUUCUGGAUCAUGCUAUACAUGCAAGACGUGCAGUCGAUAUUGCCGCUCAAUAUUGCCGUACGGUUGAUGCCGCAGGUCUUUGCAGGCAUUUUGUGGAGUUAUCUUGCGCAGUAUCUGGUAAGCAGGUGGAGUGGGAAGGUUAUCAUAGGGAUUGGAGGUAUAGCUUAUGUAGUGGGUGCUAUCUUGGUGAAUUUCAUUAGAGAGGAUACGAGUUACUGGACGUUUCUGUUUCCGGCACUGUGUAUUACUGUUGUCGGAGCAGACUUUCAGUUUGUUGUUGCUAACUUGUACAUCUCACAAGAAAUGCCAACUCAGUCAUCGCUUGGAGCAGGGUUUCUCCAGACAUCGAUGCGUCUUUCAAUCUCUGUCGGUCUUUCGAUCACUUCUGCAGCGUAUGGCUCCGUCGCUUCUACACUGGCAGGGAAGGAGAAUCGUACCCUACCUUACGAACGAGCAUACUUAUGCUCCAUCAUAUUUGCAGUCCUUGGCUUAAGUGCCGUACCAUUCAUGAAGAUCGGCAGACAAGGAACGAAAGCUCAACCUCUAAGGUACGACGGGAUGAUUGGGAUACCGAAGAAUAUGAGCAGACUUAGCAAAUUGUCAAAUGACAGUUUGGAAAAUUCAGAUUCGGAUGUGAGGAGCAGUUUGCGCUACAAGCCAACAAACGCGAAUCGAGCAAGUGUUUCGACAAUAAUGAGUAUGGUUUCAGUUGGAAGUGCUGAUACCUGGAACCCGAGAUGGAGUUUCGAAGCUGAAGAAGCGCGAUCCACUCAAAACGACCAGUCUUUUCUGUAUGAGGUGUGCACUAAAUGUAUGGAAGAACGAAGGAGAAUUAUGCAUACGAACGAGAAUGGACUCAACUUCUUCGGUGGUCUUUGGGAAGGUGUCUUCGGUUAUGAAAACAAGCCAGACGCAGUGUGGAAGGGGCAUCACCGCCACACGUGGUCUGGCAAUCGCGGGUUUAUUGCCUUGGACAAGCCUCUUGCGGUAUGGGAUGAGAAGGGUGCAAGGUCCGUCGAGCGGACGAGUGGUCGUGUUCAAGCACACGAAGGAGGAUGGAUGUAG